UUGAUGCUUCUGUUUAGGAUGGGGACGGUACGGACCUGUCCUGUGCUCCUACUGUGCCUAGUCCUGUGCCGAGUAGCCCUUCUGCUUCAUGAGCCCGGUUCUGCUGCAGAGCGGUGCUUCUGCCAGGUUACAGGCUAUCUGGAUGACUGUAUCUGUGAUGUAGAAACUAUUGAUCCUUUCAAUAACAAUAAACUGUUCCCAAAGUUGCAAAGGCUGCUUGAAAGAGACUAUUUCCAAUUCUACAAGGCGAACCUAAAAAAACCUUGUCCAUUCUGGGACGAUAGUAGCCACUGUGGAGUAAAAGACUGCGCAGUAAAACCUUGCGAGAAUAGUGAAGUUCCUUAUGGUAUAAAGACUUCAAAUUUUAAGUAUACUAAAGAUGCAAGUAUUGCAUAUGGUGAAAUUGAAGAAUGUGAACAGGCCAAAAAACUUGGAGCAGUGGAUGAAUCUUUAAGUGAAGAGGCACGGGAAGCUUUGCUUCAAUGGACCAGGCAUGACGAUUCAUCUGACAAUUUUUGUGAAGUUGAUGAUGAAGAAUCCCCAGAUUCUGAGUAUGUUAACUUGCAGUUGAAUCCUGAACGAUAUACAGGUUACAAGGGAGCAGAUACAUGGAGAAUUUGGAAUUGCAUAUAUGAGGAAAACUGUUUUAAGCCACAAUCUGUCAAAAGACCUUUUAGUCCCUUGAUAUCAGGUAUAAGGGGGUGUAGUGGAAAUGUAUUUUAUAACUGGCUCGAAGGUCUCUGUGUAGAGAAAAGAGCUUUUUAUAGACUUAUUUCUGGAUUACAUACAAGUAUCAAUGUCCACUUGAGUGCAAACUAUCUGCUCCAGGACACUUGGGAGGAAAAGACUUGGGGUCACAAUUUGGAUGAGUUUCAAAAGAGGUUUGAUGCUGUCCUUACAAAGGGUGAAGGUCCAAAACGCUUGAAGAACUUGUAUUUCCUGUAUCUGAUUGAACUCAGAGCCAUUUCCAAGGUUUUACCUUUCUUUGAGCGUCCUACAUUUGUGCUAUAUACAGGAAAUGAAACCUCGGACAUCAAAACCAAAGAGCUCCUUUUAGAGGUUCUUAAAGAUGCCAAAGCUUUUCCAUUGCACUUUGAUGAAAACUCAUUUUUUGCUGGUGAUAAGAAGAAAGCGGACAAGUUAAAGGAAGAAUUUAGGCAACAUUUUAGAAAUAUUUCAAGAAUAAUGGACUGCGUUGGUUGUGUAAAAUGUCGCUUGUGGGGUAAACUGCAGACUCAGGGCUUGGGUACAGCACUAAAAAUCUUAUUCUCAGAAAAGCAAAUAGCAAAAAUGCCAGAAAGCGGGCCAUCUUACGGAUUUCAUCUUACAAGGCAAGAAAUAGUAGCUCUCUUCAAUGCUUUUGGAAGGUAA